AUGCUCGGUGAUAGUCCGCUUCUAGCUCAAAGCGGAUGUAUACACUUCGAUAGUCUCUAGCUCCAAUAGAGACUCGGCCCUAGAAAUUUCCAAGUGCCAAGUAAAUCCUCUCUAUGUCAUCUAUGGUUGGUUGUUUCAUAGUGAAAUGACCAACCAAGGUAUGUCAGAAUGUGGCUGCCAUUUGUGAGACCUCCUCAUGAGUAAAAGUUAUAGUCCUCAUCCCGUCAUCCUCGCUAUAGCCUCGCACUAGUACAAUAGUAUCAUAGUAUGAGAAUAGUAUAUGACACAACGGUCCCUGUGGCGUGACAAUCUUUGUGGAGGGGACAGAGGGUCCAGACACUCGUUGCGCCCAUGAUAGGUGUCUAGUGGGCACAAUCGGGUUUGGCCUAUGGGGCACAAUAGUGUCUAGCCCACUGGGUGUGGAUAUGGUGUGCCCAAGGGAUGUGUUCAGGGCCAGUACAGAGGUCUCAAUUAGUGUUGUGAUCCUAGCUGGUUCGAGGGGCUCAAUUUGAGAGAGCCUAGGGGGCCCUAUAGGUAGGGGUAAAAUCGGCCUAAGCUGUUGACUCUAGGCAGGCCCAGAGGACAUGGCUGAGGGUGGGCAUAAAAGUCAGUAUCCUAUCCUCUUUUUGGGCCGUAGGCGCUUGCCCCUAGACUUCUCCAAGAUAAGUCUAUUGGGGUCACCAUGGAUUGGUCCAAGACUAUCUUGGGUGAGCCCAUCUGGGCCUCCUUCGACGGGCCCAUUUAGCUCCUUUGGGCCACCCAGUUUAGGCUCCUUUGGGCCUCCCUUGGUAGGUGCAAGUGGCAUACCUUGAGUAGGCCCAAGUGUGCCUUGGGUGGGCCCAUUUGGGCCACCUAGCUCAAGCCCCUUUGGGCUUCCCUUUGUGAGCCCAAAUGGGUUGCCUUGGGUAGGCCCAAGGGUGCUAUGAGCGGGCCCCUUUGGGCCAUUCUGCUUAGGCUCCUUUGGGCCUCCCUUAGUCAGCCCAAAUGAGCUGGCUUGGGUAGACCCAACGUUUGGGCCUACCUAGGCAAGAGCUUGGACCGGUGCACCCUGAGCCAGCUGCUCAGGCUCAGCCUAGGCCACCUAUGCCUGGGCCGGUGCGUCCUGAAAUGGCGCAGUAUCGAUGGGCUGGGCCGGCUCGACCAAGGUCUGCUCACUCUCGGUCUGUUUGGCCUGGGGUGGCAUGGCUUGGGCCAAAGCGGCCUCAGAUAGUGCUACUUGGGCCAGCUCAGCCCUAGCCACCUUGGUGGAGGCUCGCACGGGCCACGCUUGUACGGUGCCAGUUGAGUUGGACUCGACACGUGAUGGUGCAAGGUUCCGUGCGAUGCCAACGUCCGCAGCGUCUGACGUUGAUGACGUCAGUAGCGUCACAGCCGAGGCAUCGACGACUACAAAAGGUUGCAGCACCUUUACGGCCACGUGAUCCCCUCCGUUGAUCUCAAGAUCAACGAUUGGAUCAAUUUACCCAUUGUGCCCAUCACCGUCCGAGGGCGGUGCCUUGGGCAUAGUAAUCGAGGUAAAGGCGAUAGCAUCUAUUGAGGCCUUUAUAGCCGAUUGAUUCUGACCAUUGAUCAUACAAUCAAUGGUUGGAUCAGAGGGAGCCUCUUCACCCGCUGUCGCCUCAUUCUUGGAGGUAGAGUAGAUGGCAUCAACUACUGUCCCCUCUGAUUCGGGCCUUGGAAGACGCAAGCUGAUGUCGAAUCACGAACGUCUGUGGUUCGACCAUUCAGCUCAUUUAUGGCCCAGCUCAUUUGGCCGUCUCGAGGUUCUUCCGGUGGGUUAUGAUGACCGUCUGA